AUGGUCAUAUUGAUGCUUAAAUUUUACCAAGUCUAAGUGGAAUAACAACUAAAAGAAUAUGUUCUAAAAAGGUACAAUAUGUACUUAGGUUUUGCUAGCCUUUCAGAAAGAAUGAUAAUCACAUAAUAGUUUUAAAAAAUUACUUCAAUAACAUAGACAUUUGGGACUCUUACUUAAAAUUUAAUGGAUUAAAAAUUUAACUUUGAUGAAUUAGUAUCUUGGGAAGAUAAAUAACCUGAGAGGUACUCAAAAGGCCAAGUUAAACCUAAUUUUUUAAUUGUGAAUGGUUACUAACUUAAAGAUUAUUGUGGCUUAAUCAAAUUUUGCUAUUAAAAUUAGACUUGUAUUGAUAAUUAUAAUGACUACUCUUAAUAAUUAUACAAUUUUGUUGAUUACGUUUAAUAUGAAAAAUCAUAGUACUCAACAUGGACUUAUCAAAUGGCAAAUGAUUAUGACUAAUUAAAUAAUGAAUAGAAAUAAUUUAUUGUUAAAAUGGAUUUAUAAUAAGUAUUUGGAGUAUCUUAUAUUUUUAAUCAAUAAAAUGAUAUAAUUUAAGCCACAGGAAUAUAUUUAGCUAGAUAAUCAGAUGGGAUUUAUUAUUAAAUCUUAUCUUACAAUUAGAUUACAAUUGAUAGCGUGCUUAGUUAGCCUUAAUUUGGAGGACCAUAUAGUUGUUAAGUGAAUAGAAAUGGAAGCUACUCUGAGUAUAUUUAUACAAAUGCUAGCUAGUUUUAUGGAUUUUAAUAUCAAGAUGAUAGUGGAGAGACUUGUGGUGAUAUAAAUAAUCCAUGCUCUUGCCCUUAUCAUAACAUGAAAAGAUUAACUCCAAUAGAUUGGAGGUGUAGACCUUGGUAUUAAUAAAGUGAUGACAUAUUUUACAUUACUUUCUCACAAUCCUAUGUAGAUAUUUCAUCAAAAACAGUGUGCUCUACUAGUACUUUCAAAGUUGUUUUAUCUCAAAAUACAACUGCUUCAAUCAUCGAUUAAAUUAACUAAUAAUAAGAUGCUGUUUAUGCUACAGAUAUAGAUCUUAAACAUCUAUUGUCUAGAUUCGCAUUAAGUGAAUAAAGCAUAGAUUAUUCAUACUUAGUUUCCACAAAUAUUGAUUCUAAGACUACAGAUUUUAUACCUUAGGUGCUUGCUCAUCCUUAAAUGAAUUUUACCUAAGAAUAAACAAUAUUAGAAGUUGAAUUUUCUGAUUCUAUGAACAAAGACUUCGAAAUAGAAAAUUAUAAAAAUUUAACAAAAUUUUUAAUGAUGACUCAAUAAGUAAAAAGAGAUUUUAAACCUAUUUCUAUUACUGAUACAGAAUAAAUAACAAUUACUAAGAAUAGUUAAGAAUAUUUAACUAUAUUUACUCCAAUUUAAAUUUGCUUUGGAACUUUGACUGAAUAGUUUAGUAUUUACAUAGCUUAUUAUGCAAAAGCAAUAUCCCUUGAAAAAAUAGAUUAAGAGAUUUAGAGUUAUACAUUUGUUUAAUGA